AGGGACUAGGGACUAAUAACAAUAGAAAAUUGUACUGUUGGCAGCAAAUUUAAAGAGCAUGCAUUUGAAUGUAAAUGGAAAUCAUGCUUUGUCCGCUGAAGUAGCCAGUAAUUCUCUUGAAAUGUACAGAAGAUAGUAAUUGUUCGGCAUUAAUGUAGCGUAGACUUUUUUAAAAUGAGUAAUUUUCACUCACCUAUGAAGUGUAUAUCUUCUAACGCAAGAGUUUUAACGCCUAAGCCGCAAGUGCAGCAGUUACUGGAUUUAAGGCAAACGCAAACCAAAGCACGCAACAGUAUCACAUGGUUCUUCAUCAACAGCGUGUUGCUUAGUAUUAUAGUAUUUGAUAUUGUAUACGGUGGACCUGCUUAUAAGCCAGUUUAUUGGAUCGAGUGGUGUCUAGCGUCAAUAUUUGCGCUAAAUGCUUUGUAUCAUAUUAUACGAUAUACCUGGGCUAUCUUGAGCUUAAAGCCAAUCACACUCAGUCCCAAACAAAGACCACUUUUAGGAAUUACGGAAGAUGAUCCUCUGUUCAAGAUUGAAGUGCCUCAGAAACAGAAAACUCCAGAUCCAAGCCCCUCAUUGAAUUUGUCUUGCAUAAAUUUCAGUAGACGUACAACGCCUCUUGGAUCUUCAGUUUUGAGUGACAUUAAGGACUGUUCGACGUUUCUUAAAUACUCUAGCCCUACAUCUCCUAAAUCAGCCGUAAGCUCUAAUGGAUUGUUUAGAUCGUUAAACGUUUCUUCAAACAGUAGUCUGACAAACGAAGAUCUUAUUCAAGAUGAAUGUGAAUUAGAAAGUUAUCUCAAAGAAAUUGAACAGCAAAGAAAAUGUGUACUAUCCACAAAGGUUGAUCAACCUUCCAAUCUCUUGAGUUCCUUCUGGUCUCAUCCUGCUACUCGAACUCCUGGUGAAGUUUCACCACUGUUAAGAAGAUGCGCUUAUCAGCUUGCACCUACCAUCGAUAAAACAAAAGCGGCUAGUCCUGGUACUGAAGAAGGGAGCUCUCCAAGAGGCACGUUUGGAGCAUUAGAUGUAUGGAGGAAGUACAGAGUUGAUUUAAACAAGGUCAACGAAUGGACUGCAAAUCUUCGUAUGUGGAUUAGCAAAACAGUUGUGGAACGUGUGGCUUUGGAGAUAGAUAAUAUAUGCGCGGCAUUGGUACGUCACGGUUUGAGCGAUUCGCAACCGGGCCAUGUGGGGCUUGAUAGACUCAGAAAACUCGCGCAAGCACAAUUUCUGAUCUCCGCGAUUCCUACUCUACCCACAUUGGUUCCCUUCUUGGAACUCUCUAACAAUCAGGAGUAUCUUGUAAAACGAAUAAAGAUACUUGCGAAGGGAGGAUCUAUGAGCGAAUUUAAAUGGAACAGUGGCGGGUCUCACAAUGGCAAGGAAUGGGAUUCCAGUUUGCCAACCGAUUCCGCGAUAAUAAUGCAUUUAAUUUCGACUUAUAUGGACACACAAUUGGAAGCGCCCUUAGAUCAACCGGAUGCUAGACCGUUUACAUCGAGAUACAUGGCGAGAUCUGGCAUGGAACUCCCGCGGAACAAAGGCCCGAUAAUAGUCUGUCAGUCUGCGAAUCCGCCGCACUAUAGUUUGGCAUUGUCGGGCGAUUCGCUUCCGAGCGAUUACGAAGAAGUACAACGGGGGCGCAAUAAUUUGUUCCAUACGCUUUUACUUUUCUUAUAUAUAGUCAAAACGCGAGAUCACGGCAUGUUGGGACGAGUUAAUGCAGGAUCGUCGGGAAUCAAUAUUUUAUGGGUGAUAGAUGGCUGAGAUGAAGCAAUUUUUUCAUUUGCUCUAAUAAAAUUAUUAAAAAGAAAGGUAAAUGGGGGUAUUGGUUAUCAUAAAAAGACAUUGUGCAUCAUUGGGGCAUCCAUUUGACUUGUAUAAUAUUUACAUCUUUUGUAUGUAUAUCGUGUCGGUUUAACAAUUGCUAAAUAAAACUGAAACAUUUGUACCAG